AUGAACCACUUGAUCAUAGUGGAUCCAGCGGCUGCAGCCAUGAAAGAUGGAAACAUCAUCAAGCCAAUCCGCAAGUACCGAAGCGAGGGCAUCAUGUUCGGCGAGGAUCUGACGACUGCCGAAUGGAACGUGCUGAUCUCCACCAUGGCUGAAACAGGGUGCUCCAGCAAGAUCCCUGAGUAAGGCUCCUGGCUGCUUUCUGUUACGGAUCCUGGUUCGUAA